CUCCAGAAAUGUGGUUGAUAAUCAAAGGGUGAACAAAGCACUGACUGGUUGCUUUUAAUUUUCUAAACCCUGGGGUGGCCCCGAGCCAAGCCCUCUUAGCAAUGGAGGGGAUAAAGUUCCCCAGCAGUAGAGAGUCUCCUCUCUCCGGUGUGCUGAACUUUGCCUUUAAGCUUGCAUGGCUGCAUCUCUGCUGGGAUCCUCUGAUCAGAUUAGGAAACACAGGAGCAGCUGCAGCAGUUGCUGAGUCCACUUGCCUCCAGACAACUAGCUCUUGAAGUAACUUUGAAAUACAGGGAGAGAAAGCAGGAAAGUGGCUGAUCUGUAAGUUUCUCUCAAUAAGACUGUAUUUUUAACAGGAUUACCGUCUUCCUACUGUUGCGGAGGAGAGGAGAAGUUUUGUGCAUCUGCUCUCCGCUCAGAAGAGUUGACUGAAGAAGGAGGUGGAGAGAGAAGAGAAUGGUGAACGAGAGCUCCUUGGCAGCCCACGGCUCCCUUGCUUAUGAUGACUUCGCCAGUUCUGAUUGGUACAUGUAUGAAUCCAUGGAACCCGAGAUGCCACAAGAUGAUAAGUUUCCUAGUGUUAUCCCAGCCUGCGAUCCCACCAUCCCCAACCAUCUUUAUCACACCUGCAUGGCUCCUAUAUCUCUAGCCGUGCUGAUAGUCUUGUCUCUGUUGGUGAAACGCAAGAGCCUCUAUAAAUGCUGUUGGAAUGGAGCACCUGGACUGCUGAGCCCUGUGAAUUUCUUGGAGGCAGAGGGCCACCAGGGGCUUGUGGCAGCAGUGUUUGGAAUCCUCUUCUCUUCUGUUUGUGUGCUGGUGCUGGAUACCGACCCCCUGCCUUUCAUUGCCAGCUCCUCCCCACGCAGUCGAGAGUACUGGAAGAUCAUGGCUUUGCUCUAUUACCCUGCCUUCUAUUAUCCUUUAAUUGCAUGCGCCACAAUCAGACACCGAGCCGGGUACUUCGUAGGCUGCUUGCUCUCCUGGUGCCACUGUGUGGUCCAUAUCUGGCAGAAAGUGGACUGCCCUCAGUCGUCCAAGAUUUACAGGUAUUAUUCCCUACUAUCUUAUGUUCCUAUUAUCCUCUGCCUCAUAGUCCUGAGCAUUUGGUAUCCAGUACUGCUUGUCAGGAGCUUCACACAGGAGAAACAGACUGCUAGAGAGGUUGUAGGGAAUGGCUAUUAUAAUGAAUACCUGAAGACUAUCCUGGCCAAAAGAACACACAAAAGAAGCUCCAGGAAAGUAAGUCUCCUCUCAAGGGCCCAGAUGUAUUUACGCUCUUACAUCUACACACCCCAGGAAGGGUUCCAGGUUCCUCUGAAGCUGGUUCUCUCUGUAACCACAGCCGUGAUUGCUGUUUACCAGAUGGCCUUGCUGCUGCUCGUCAUCUUCGUCCCCAACAUUCAGAUAGUGAGGGCAGGGAUGACGAAGGAAAUCACUGUCCUGCUGGUUCAGUUUGGUGUUGUGCCUUCAGAGAACCCGGGGAGUGUCCCUGGAGACAUGGAGCGGGAGCUGAACACAGUCAGACACUAUCUUUGGUCACUGGAAGUGUGCUAUGUCUGCUCCCUUGUGCUCUCCUGCCUGCUCACCUUCUCCAUGCUGAUGAGGUCCCUGGUGAUGCACAGGGCCAAUCUGAAGGCUUUGUACCGAGGGGCUGUCCUAGAUGUCUUCUGCCGUGCCCAGAUGCUCUGCCCUUCCCAACAGGCUCUGGUCUGUUGGAUGAGCUUUGCCAGCUUCCAGACUGCAUUCGCCUGCUUGGGUCUCCUCACCCAGCAAGUGAUUUUCUUUGUCUGCACCGUGGGCUUCACCUUCCUAGUGGUCAUUCCACUCCAGUCAGGCACAAAUAUGCAUCUGUUUAAAAUCCUGGAGAACAUGUGGCCGUUCUGGCUGACGCUGGUGCUUGCUGUGGUCAUGCAGAACUUGCUUGCUCAUUUCUACUUCCUAGAGAAACACCACCUGCAGAAGGAGCUGACCAACAGGCGAGCCCUCUGCAUCGUGACCUAUCUGCUCUUCCCCAUCAACGUCCUGGUGGGGGUCCUGGCCGGGGUCUGGAGAAUGUUCAUUUCUGCACUUUACAAUGCUGUCCAUUUCUGCCAGCUGGACCUCAGCCUGCUGAAUCGGGGCGUCGAGGCCUUCGAUCCAGGCUACCGCACUUACUGUCAUUACUUGAAAAUUGAGGUCAGCCAAUCACACCCUGUGAUGAAAGCCUUUUGCUUCUUGCUUCUCCAAGUACCUGGCCCAGAGGGGCAGACAGGACUCAAACCCACUGAUGUGGAAGAAGGGAUCCAGCUGAUGCAGCCUGUGAAGGGGCUGCUGAAGGCAUCCAAGUCCAAGCAGACGAGAGCCCGGUGGGGCCUGGCCUACACCCUCCUCAACAACCCAUCACUCUUGGCCUGCCGAAAGACUGUGCUCUCCGACCCCACAGCCAACGGGACCCAGUCUCGCCCUGCCAAGCCCUGACCUCCACAGAAGAGCCCUCCCCUUUCUCUGGGAAGUGUUCCAGCUCUGCUCACUGCCUCCUCUCUCCUUCUUGUGUGUCCCACCACCCCAUAGCAGCGACCUUGACUCUGCGGAGCCCUAGAGCAUGGCUGCGCCCGAUUGCCUGCCUGCCUGCCUUUGAGACCAGGGCUGUUUCCUUAGGGCAGCUUGGAGCUAAGGGGGACGGGCUGCCUGAUAAUCUUGCCCAGAGACUGAGCUUUAAAGCCACCCGAAGCCAAGUCUUUGCCCCCCAUGCUUCUGGGAAACCUGAAGCAGCUCAAAGGUCCCCCUUAGGAAUCUUUCCGAUUCAAAUCCUGCUGGGCUCACAAGUGAAAUGAGUUUGGUGGUCUCCAAAUUUUUAUCCCAAUUGCCCUUCCACCAUGCAGUUUGGAACAUUUGAGUCCCUGCUGAGAGGAGGUGGGGGCUUGAAUGGGAGAGAGAAGGGGAGCUACAGUAUUGCGGGGUGCUAGCCAAACUGAGAGGAAGAAGCUGGAUCUGCCCCUAACCAGAAUGACCUACUCUGCAUUUCAGAAGGCACCACCAUCUUCCUUCCCACCACCCCUCAAGAGCCUGCAUUGGAGUCUCACCUGGAUCCCCUUCAACACACCAGGUAGUGGCAGGUUUUUUCAGGUUGCCUUUGUGUCAGGGUAACUUUUCUUUUUCAUGCAGAGACAGCCAUUCCACAGAAGAGCCCAGCACUAAAGAGAUUCUGAUGAAGCAUUUAUGAAGGAAUAUGUCUUCAUGCCUUUAAAGAAAAAGAAUAACUUUUUAAAUAUAUUGUUCACGUCUUUUCUAUAGUUUUUAGUCCUAGUUGCUGAUAAAUAGACUGCAGGUACUGUAGCUUUGUAAAAUUGGAAAUGUGCCCUCGAUGCUUUCACAGCAAGACGGCAGAGCGAUCUCUCUGUUUUGUGUGGAUCCUCUAUGCUGCGUGUCCCUCUGGCUUCUCAUACUCUGCUCAUGUCCUUGCCUCCACUUUUCUGGCAAACAGGAGGUGUCUAUCUUCCUGCUCCCCCUGCCCUAUUUUUUUUAAACUAAUAAUUCCUUGGCCUCUGUUCUUAUUCUAUGAGAGGUGGGCAGGUCAGAUUGGGAGUGAGCUGAGCUAGUAGUUGUAGAGUACAGUGAGUUUAAACCCCCUUGGAAUGGUGAGGUGGGAAUAAUAAAUAAUAUGCCUCUUUC